AUGAACACCACUGGUUCUCCUCUGAACGAAGCGGACAAGGAGUUCCUGAGACAAGAGUUGAGGGAUGUCGAGGGCGAGAUUCAAUCGCUGAAACUCGCGCUUUCCAACCGUCAGAAGCACGCUGCGGAGCUCAAGAGAAAACUCGGUAUUUCUCCUUUUGCUGAUCUCACUGACGACAUCAACCGUACCAAAAAGGUUUUUGUUCAUUUUAUAGGAUUUCAAGAAGUUUAAUUGUAAAUGGUUCAGCUCGUGACAGAUUCUGAAGCCUAUCAGCUCACGGCUGAGGUCACCGCUGCAGCCGCAGACACGGUCAAGGAAAAAUGGCAGGGCGUGACAAACUCUUCGAUUUUCAAGUCUUUCGAAGCCAAAGUUGGCUCCGCGCUUGACCACGUGAAUUGGAUUGUCUUUUCAGUAAUUAUUUUUUGAAUCCAGGCGAAAUCUGCAGCCUCCACAUCGCUCGAUUUUAUUGCCGAGGCAAUCAAAGACCCUGUUCGCCCCUCUCAUUGA